AUGGGCUUGAGAAGAACACCGUUGGUUUUAUACAUUCUCUUCAUCUUUCAUCUUCAUCACGAUUUCACUUCCGUUAGCUCACGGUCUUCCUCACUUGAUACGAACAAAGAGAGUCUUCAUCUAAAUGAGUCAAAACCAGUUGUUGAUGUGUUUGAAGGAAAGGCUCGAGAGUUAGCUUUCGUUAUCAAACGAAGAGGCAGUGGAAAAGCUGGUGGAGGCGGCGGUAGCGGUAGCAGCACGAGUGGAGGAGAUGGGGGCAGCAGUGGUAGCAGCACGAGUGGAGGAGGUGGUCUGGUGGUGGCGGCGAUAGCAGCGUGGGAGGAGGAGGUGUAA